GUAAAAAAGGAGGAUAAUCUCACUAAUUUAAGGGAUCAAAGGUCAUUAAGAGCUCUGCCUUUGAUUAAGGUGUCUGGGGGCGUGUUGCGUUCAGGGAACAGCAGCGCCCCUCUGCGGCGUUCACUGGCAGCUCUCGGGUCAGGUGAUCCGGGCUACAUUGUAAAUAGACAGCAGCGAUCCGCCGGGGCCAUGCCUUCGUAGCCUCUAUAAACCGCCUCCAACAGAGCAAGUCUUUCCACUCGGAGACUCCUUAUCUUCCGACAGCGGUUGUCCAUCUGUUUCGAGUCAUUUCGGCGUGUUAAAGUGUUUUGUGAAGCAUGUACCGCUCUCUGUACGCCUUCCGAUCCGCGGAGCCCAACUCGCUGCACUUCUCGGCCGGAGAAAGCUUCCUAAUCCUGGAGAGGAGCAACAAACACUGGUGGCUGGGGUCCCGCUGCAGCUCGGGGGAAACCGGCUACAUCCCCGCUUCAUACAUCGAAAAAAUACAGGCUCCAGAGCAGGAUGAGGUGUUGCAGUCUAUUGACAGAGCGAUCGAAGGCAUCCAUAAUGUGGCCUUAAAAAACGGAGGCAAAUACAAUCUGGAGCAGCGAGAUGUUCUACAGAAGCUGAUCCAUCACAGAAAGGAGACUCUUGCACGACGGAGUUCCUCUUCCUCCGGUCAUAAACAAGGCCUCCCAUCUUCCAGCAGUGACAUAUCUCUCAGUCAGACCCCUCCUCCACCCAAUGGCCUUAACCGAGACUACGGACGACAGGGAAGCGUGCCAAUAUCAGGAAGCAUGGACAAUAUGCAAGCAGAGCAGGGGUUUUAUCAGGUGCCUCCUCAGCCUCGACGUGCGGCUCCGAUCACCCCUCCUCCCCCCGAGAAACAGCGAAACAGCCGGCGUCCAGCAGAGCCGGAGGUCCCCUCCAGAGUGUCCUCUCUUCCUCCGUCUCCCGGCCCCUCCCUCUCUAUCAGCACCACCUCUAUAGAGUCCGGCUCCUCCCACUCACUGGUCUCCUCUGAUGUCAGUCUGCCGAGUGUUUCCAGCACCCCCCCUCCCCCAGUGCCAUCCCGUGUGAAGCCCCCUGCACCGCUCUUAAGCAUACUGCCCUCUGACUCCCCUCCUCAGCCAGCUCCAGCGAAGAAGAGCCCCGCUCCGCAGCCUCCACAGCCCACCCCCACUUUACAGCUCGCUGUAGAGGACCAGCCGGAGAGUGAGUGGCCUGUUGCCCCCCCCUCUGUUGCUGAAAGCCCUCCUGGCAGCCCCACUACCUCCGAGCCGGUUUCCAUGACUAUUGGGGCCGAAUUGAUCGAGCUGGUACGGAAGAACACGGGCUUGAGUUACGGGCUGUCGCGGGUCGCCGUCGGCGUGGUGGUCGGCCAUCUGCAGACCGCCUUACCUCAAGCCUCCUCUGAUUUGGAGCAAGUUCUCCUCUCGCUGGUGGAGAGCAAGGAUUUGGGUGCAGCGCUGCCGCAGGGGCAGGUGUGUCAUGACGAACAGCGUCUGGAGGUGAUCUUCAGCGACCUCGUCCGUCACCGAGACGACUCCCAGCAGCGGAGCUGGGCGCUCCAUGAAGACCACGCUCUCAUCUCCUGCUAUCUGGAGGAGCUGCUGAAGAUACUGACUGAUGCAGAUCCAGAGGUGUGUAAGAGGAUGUGCAAAGCCAACCACUGUGAGAAUGUGCUUUCUCUGGUGUCAUAUUAUCAGAUGGAGCAUCGUGUGUUAUUGCGGCUGCUGCUGCUCAAGGUGUUUGGGGCGAUGUGCAGCCUGGAUGCUGCUCUCAUCUCCACCCUCCUCAACUCCAUCCUCGCCAUGGAGCUGGCCAGAGACUUACAGACUGACACACAAGAGCACCAGAAGAUGUGUUACACAGCCUUGGUACUUACUAUGAUAUUCUCAAUGGGUGAACAGGUGCCAUAUCAUCACUACGAACACUUGAAUGCUGACUUUGUUCAGUUCCUGCUGGGUGUGGUGGAGGACGGACUUCCCUCUGAUCCCACAGAGCAGCUGCCUGACAUCUUCCUGAACCUCCUGCUGGCCUUCAACCUGCACCACACAGCACCCAGUAACAAUGUGAUCAUGGAGGAGCUGAAGAAGAAAAAUGUCAAGAUUCUGUCGGAGAAAGUUCUGCUGCUUCUGAACAGAGGCGACGACCCCGUCUGUAUGUUCAAACACAACCCACCCGCACCGCACUCAGUGCUCAAGUUUCUGCAGGAUGUUUUUGCCAGCCGAGAGACCGCUGACAUCUUCUACCGCACUGACAUGAUGGUGAUGAUUGACAUCGCCGUUCGGCAAAUAUCGGACCUUUCACCUGGGGACAAGCUGCGGAUGGAGUAUCUCUCCCUCAUGCACUCAAUAAUGCGCUCGACGGACUACCUGGAGCACCAGCACCGGCUCACUGACCUGCAGGGGGCGCUGCAGAGGAUCCUCGGAGAGGAGGACGAUCCGGGAGAGGACGAAGGGAGCGCCACAGCGAAACAGAUGGAUAAGCUAAUUGUACAGCAGAUCUACAAGGAGUUUCCACAGAUCUGUGAGAAACAAGACUAACCAUAUCAGUAUCAUGCUCACACACUGUAGUCUGCUCCCUUCUACUGCAGGGAGGUACAGUAAAGCUUGAAAAGAGGAGGAACUGACAUUUUACAGGGCGCCCUGUAUUCUGUGCCAGCAAAUCAGUUUUGCCAGUGUUUCCUUGGACUCCACGGCUUCAGCAUGCAUGUGAUGUUGAUUUUAACAGAGAUUACAGCUUUUCUCUUCUCAAAUUAUAUUUUAAAAUGACAAAGGAGUGGGAGGUUCUUUGGUGUGUAUUUCAAGAAGGGAAAAAAUAUGACAAAUGCACAAAAAAAAAAAGCUGUGAGGUUUAGUCAUACUAGGAGGAAAUAGCCAAAAUAUAGGCCAAACUUUGGCACUGUUCUCACAGUGAAUUCUUAGCAAUAAUUACCUAAAAUAAACCAUUUAGCUAACUGUAUGUGCCCAAAGUACUGUGAAAUUAAAGCAACAGAAACCACAACUAAAACUUAUUCUAACCAAAAUAACUUUAACCAAACUGAUUUUAGAGCAAAUUUAAAGUUUGGUGGCAAAUUUGUAGUUGUGCUACAAAAUGAAAGUGCCAUGAUUUGAACUGUUGUGAGAAAACUUAAUGUGCUUCCCUUUCAGUGGGACCAAACUACUGUGUGUUACUGAGAGCAUUAUUUUCUUUAUAAAAACUGACUUCCUCUUUCAUUCACCCUGACAUCCAUCAUACUUAAAAACUGAGGUCGAGUAGAACAAGUUGAAUGUGACUAUUGUUAGUGAGAAAAGCUCACUCUGACUCAUGUGUUAUCAUUACUAAGCUGUUAGCUGAGUAACUCGCUGCUACAUAUAGAGUCUCUCCUGUGGCUUCGUCUUCAGUUUUCUCAGUCUGGUACUUUUGUCUUUGACUUUCUUUCAAACACUUCAAAAUGAUUUCUCUGUACUUAGAUAUGCAAAACUCCUCAAGCAUCACAAGUCAUUGGCUGAAGAGUUUUUGUCCGUAUGCUGCAUUCAAACUAACUGUGCUGCAAUAAGGCUUUAUAACAACUCGUGAUAUUGCUGUAAUAUACUGAGUCUUGGCUGAUGUGAGCUGUGGCUGCCUCGAGGAGAGAGAUGUUCUGCAGUUAUUAUCUGAGAUAAUACAUUAGUCAGUGUUGUUGAUUUACAGUUAUGAUCUAAUGGUUCAACUGAAAAUCAAGAGGAGUGAGAGGAAAGACUGGGCAUUUAUUUUAUCUCCUCGUGGUCUAAUACUUUAACAGCAAAAUAUACCUUUCCUUGACUUUUCCUCAUUGUGUAGUGAUUGAUGUUGUUCACCCGUCUUACACUUUAACUGACCUGUUUUUGUUCUCUGUGGCAUGGAAACAUACUUCCGGGAAGGUUAGACACAAUCCAGAAGAGAUAUCGGUUUUUAUUUUGGUGUCCAAACGUUCGUUCAUUCAUUAAUUUGUGUGUCUGUUUACAGCGUGUGUGAGAGAGAGGUGAACGUCCCUCCUUUCCAUGAUUAACAUUGUCUGCAAAAGUGCUACGACUGUGUUAUAAUAAAACUAAUAAAGCUAUAUUUUAACAGUG